AUGGAUAGGAGUUGGAUGUCUAUUAAGAACUACCUAGACCCCAAGUAUUUAGAUGGAGUUGAUGAAUUUAUUAAGUUUGCUUUUCUAGGCAAGGAUCCUAAUUGUAAACUGCCAUGUCCUUGCAAAGUAUGCAAUAAUUUUGAGGAUCAAACUAAGGAAGUCAUGGCCAAUCACUUGUGUCGAGGAAUUGUUGAUAGUUAUACUAGGUGGAUAUAUCAUGGCGAAGGGUUUGAAUCUGAUGAUGAGAAUGAUGACAUAGAAAUAAAUGACAACGAUAGUGACUUUGACAGUAUGGAGGAGCUGUUAAAUGAUGUAGGAGUUGCUAACUUUGGUGAGAGUUGGAGACAUUCACCGGAACUUGAUACGGGUGCUUGUACCGAGAAAGAAGGAGAAGCAAGUAGGUUUCUCAGAUUAUUAUCGGAGGCUGAAAAAUCUCUAUACCCGGGCUGUGAAAAGUAUUCAAAACUCUCGUUUAUUGUCCAUAUCCUCCACUUGAAAACAAUGAAUCGGUGGACUUGUAAAUCUACUGAUAUGUUGCUGAAGUUCUUGCAUCAAGUAUUUCCUACAGCUUUGAUUCCCAGUUCAUAUUACGAGGCAAAAAAUUUCAUCCGUGAGUUGGGGCUGAAGUGUGAAAAGAUCCACGCCUGUGAAAAUGAUUGCGCACUUUUUUGGAAUGAAAAUAAAGGCCUUGAUCAUUGUCCAAAUGAAAAAUGUAAAGCACCGCGGUAUAAAUCUCCAAAUUCCAAAAUACCUAGAAAGGUGUUGCGUUAUUUUCCAUUAAAACCAAGGCUGCAAAGACUGUUUGUGAACAAAGAGAUUGCUCGGGAUAUGAGGUGGCAUAAGGAGAGACGUGUAGAUAAUGAGAACAUGAUGCGACACCCUGCUGAUUCAUUAGCUUGGAAGGAUUUUGAUAGAAAUCACAAGUCCUUCGCUGAAGAUCCUAGAAAUGUGAGGCUAGGACUUGCUAGUGAUGGCUUUAAUCCCUUUGGAACCAUGAGCAAUUCAUACAGUAUAUGGCCUGUUAUCCUUGUUCCUUACAAUCUACCUCCUUGGAAAUGCUUAAAAGAUCCAUUUUUUUUCCUAUCAAUGAUUAUUCCUGGUCCCAAAGCACCUGGAAAUGACAUUGACAUAUUCUUUAGACCACUAGUUGAUGAGUUAAAAGAGUUAUUUGCCACUGGUGUGGAGACAUAUGAUGCCUUCAGGGAGGAGAAGUUCAUGUUACGUGCAGCACUUUUGUGGACAAUAAACGAUUUUCCAGCAUAUGGCUAUUUGUCGGGAUGGAGUACAAAAGGGUACAAGGCAUGUCCUGUGUGCUUAGAUGAGACGACUAGUCUAUAUCUUAAUAAUGGUCACAAAUGUUGUUACAUGGGCCAUCGCCGUUUUCUGCCUAUUGAUCAUAAAUGGCGUCGAGAAAAAAAGCAAUUUAAUGGAGAAAGAGAACAUAGACAGCCUCCUAGGACCCUAUCAGGUGAGGAAGUCCUCCAACAACUUCUUCGUAUUGAGCAAGUUGAGUUUGGCAAGGCACCUGAUUUGCUGCAACAGAAGAAAAGAAAACGCGUGCAGAACAGUUCAAAUUGGAAGAAGAUGAGCAUAUUCUUUGAACUUCCAUAUUGGAGUACCAAUAAAAUUAGACAUAAUUUGGAUAUUAUGCACAUUGUCAAGAAUGUAUGUGAAUCUUUGGUAGGUACAUUAAUGAAUAUCCCUUCGAGAACUAAGGACACAUGGCAGGCUAGGGAGGAUUUAAAAGAAAUGGGAUUAAGGGAAGAGUUGCAUCUACAACCGGGAGGUGGCGCAUCUAAAGUUAUGCCACCUGCAUGUUACACUUUAUCACGCCUAGAGAAAAAGAAUUUCUGCCAGUUUUUGAGCACUAUCAAGUUCCCGGAUGGCUUUGCUUCAAACAUUCCUCGGUGUGUGAAGACCAAGGAGUGUCAACUUUUAGGAAUGAAGAGUCAUGACUACUAUGUGUUCAUACAACGACUUCUUCCACUAGCAACUAGAGGAAUGCUGUCAAAAGAUGUAUCUCAGAUUUUAGUAGAGAUCAGCAAUUUUUUUCGAAAAAUUUGUUCUCGAACUCUCUAUCUAGAUGAGCUGGAAAUGCAGGAAAAAAAUAUUAUUUUAAUACUAUGCAAACUUGAGAAAAUUUUUCCUCCAAAUUUCUUUGAUGUAAUGGUCCAUUUACCCACUGAAUCCAAGAUUGCUGGACCAGCCCAAUACCGGUGGAUGUUUCCAUUUGAGAGGUAUUUGCAUGAUGUUCCGACCAGGUUUAAUCAAACGGAACGAAAUAUGGAGAAACACGAAGCUGCUGGAAAAUUAUCUAUAUUUUCUAGCUUGGCUCGGCCCUUUGGGGCAGCACUGAUUGGUUAUCUAAGUGAGGUUGAAUUGCAAAGAAUACACCUGUUCAUCUUGAAAAAUUGUGAAGAAGUAGAUGAUUACAUGAGGGAGCAUAGACAAAUUCUUGAAAAGCAAAAUUUAUCGAGCGUACAGCAAAGGCUAGACUCGGAGUUUCCAAAGUGGUUUGAAGAACGUGUCAUGUAUACACAUGCACGUGGAGAAUGUACUGAUGAAUUGUUGUCCUUGGCUAGAGGACCUGAUUUUCGAGUCAAUACAUUUGCUGGCUUUGAGGUUGAAUACUCAUUUACUCAAAAUCGAGUAGUUGUGUUUAAAUGUGAUUGGUGGGACUUGAGAAAUAAUUCGGGAAUCAAAGUAGACAAGCAGAGCAAUAUCACUAGCAUCAACAUGUCAAAAACAUGGUACUCAGACCAGCCUUUUAUAUUAGCAUCCCAAGCUGAACAAGUUUUCUAUCUUCAAGAUAUGAAGCUUGGAGGUAAUUGGCAUGUUGUAGAGUUAGUUAGUCCACGCUCAUCUUAUGAUGUUCCUGAGAAGCAUGAAGAUGAUUUGGUUGAUAACGAAGAGGCUUACCAAGAAGAGUAUCAUGAAGAUUUGAUUGGUGUACAAGAAAAUCUUGAGUUGGUCAGUUUGAAGAGAGGAGAUGUGCAAACUGAAGAAAGGAUAGAGGCUGGUGCUAUGUUUUUUAUAGAAUUGUCAGCUAGCCGUGCAAGGCAAUUGGAUGACAAUUUUAUUGAUAAUGAUGAGGAAAUUGAGCAACAAUUCAAUUCUGAGGAUGAAAAUGAACAAUUUGUACAAAUCGAUGACUAUGAAUCAGAUUAA